AACAAAACCCUUAUGGCGGUGUUUAGAUGACGUGUGUCUUGUUCAAGUGUCUCGUUACAAUAAACGUAUUUUACUAUUAUUUAUACUAGUUUUUUCUCUUAAUUAGCAUUAAGUACUAUUUAAUACAUAAAUAAAAUACCUCAGAAUUUAUAAUUACGUAAAAUACAAUGUUAAAGUACAUAUAUUCAGUAAUAACCUGGGCACUUAUUGCCAACUCGGUGUCGGGAUUGUAUUUCCACAUUGGUGAGACGGAACGUAAAUGUUUCAUUGAAGAAAUUCCCGAUGAAACCACCGUUCUAGUUCAUUACAAAGUUGAAUUAUUCGACCCCAGAAGUGGAGGUUACAUGCCAAGCAGCCCAGGUAUUGGCAUGCAUGUCGAAGUACGUGAUCCAGAUGACAAAAUUAUUCUGUCAAGAGUAUACAGUUCUGAAGGACGGAUAUCCUUCACUUCACAAACUCCUGGUGAACAUGUCAUUUGUUUGUACAGUAACAGUACUGCAUGGUUCAGUGGUACACAGCUGAGAGUACAUUUGGAUAUUCAAGUUGGAGAUCACGCUAUUGAUUACGCCAACUUAGCGCAGAAAGAAAAAUUAUCUAAAUUGCAAUUAAGAAUAAGACAAUUGUUGGAUCAAGUUGAACAGAUAACUAAAGAACAAAACUACCAACGGUACCGCGAGGAAAGAUUCAGACAAACGUCCGAGAGUACAAACAGCCGGGUCUUGUGGUGGUCUAUCACUCAAACAGUUAUCCUUCUGGUUAUGGGUGCAUGGCAAAUGAGACAUCUCAAGAGUUUCUUCGAAGCCAAAAAACUUGUUUAGAUUAUUUAUAUUUAAUCAAUUAAUGUUAUUAUUGUAUUUUUAACAAACUUGAUACUGUUCUGUGAACAGAGUUGGAGGUUUACUUAUAAUGUUUUUUUUUGGGUAGAAGAAAAUUCUGUGCCACAGAAAAAUUUUUUGUAAAAAAUUAUUUAAAUAUCAGUAAAAAUUGCAAAUCUUAUUAAAACAAGUAUUCAUUCAUGUAACACUUAAUUGUAAUUCUUAAAUACAAAUUUAGUUAUAGAAAUAUUUCGAGUAAACCUGAAAAAAUUAAGUAUACAUUAUUUAAAAGU